CGCGUUUGGCAAUUGAAUCUCAGGGAUAAUUCCAUCCUCAUUAUCAUCACAUCACAACCAAGUCCUCACAUCAGCUGUUAACUCACCUCGAAAGGCGCCCGAGAAAUUCAACAUGGCCCUCGAUACAUUCCAGCUUCGUGACGAAGCAGUCCGAGACAGAAUCCGACUUGCAACAGAAUUCCUUGACCCUACAGACGAUGCAGCCAGAUCAUACCGCGGAGACAUUGUGCUCAUGCUCAACCGUGGUCUCCGAAGACUAGUGGUGAGCAUCGAUGACAUCCGAACUCACUCAAGAGAACUCGCGGACGGCAUUCUUUACAAACCUUUCGAUUACUCCCUUGCCUUCGACGCUGCGCUGAAGAACAUCAUUGGCACAAUUCCCAAUCGGCCUCCCUUCGAGCAAGAUGAGGACAGAUUAUACUAUGUGGCAUACUCUGGCUCAUUCGGAGAAAACACCUGUAAUCCUAGGACUCUGGGGAGCUCCUUGUUGAAUAGAAUGAUAUGUCUGGAAGGCAUUGUCACAAAAUGCAGUUUGGUACGGCCGAAGGUCGUCAAGAGUGUACACUGGAACGAGAACAAGCAGACUUUCCACUUCCGAGAGUACAGAGAUCAGACCAUGAGUGCGAAUGCCCCGGCAAGUCUGAGCGUAUAUCCCCAGGAAGACGGAGAAGGCAAUCCUUUAGUCACUGAGUACGGCUACUGCACCUAUCGAGACCAUCAGACGAUAAGCAUACAGGAAAUGCCCGAACGAGCACCGGCAGGACAACUUCCCCGCGGCGUCGACGUCAUAUUCGACGACGACAUGGUCGAUCGAGUCAAGCCUGGUGACCGGGUCCAGCUCGUGGGUAUUUUCAGAUCGCUUGGUAACAGAAAUGCUGGAUCUGGGUCAUCAAUAUUCCGAACACUCAUACUUGCGAACAAUGUUGUUCUAUUGUCCUCGAAAUCAGGAGGAGGAAUUGCAGAAGCCCAGUAUACCGAUCAAGAUGUCCGGAAUAUCAACAAAAUUUCCAAGAAGAAAAACAUCUUCCAGCUGCUGUCUCAGUCUUUGGCGCCCAGCAUCUACGGCCAUGACUACAUCAAAAAGGCCAUACUGCUAAUGCUGCUCGGUGGUAUGGAGAAGAAUUUGCCCAAUGGAACUCAUCUGAGGGGAGACAUCAACAUACUCAUGGUUGGCGAUCCGUCCACAGCCAAAUCACAACUUUUGAGAUUCGUGCUGAAUACUGCACCCCUCGCCAUUGCUACAACCGGCCGCGGAUCCUCUGGUGUCGGUCUUACUGCUGCCGUGACUCAAGACAAAGAGACUGGAGAAAGACGACUUGAAGCAGGUGCCAUGGUUCUAGGCGAUCGAGGUGUUGUCUGCAUUGACGAAUUCGACAAGAUGAGUGAUGUUGACCGUGUGGCUAUCCACGAAGUUAUGGAACAGCAGACCGUCACCAUUGCCAAAGCUGGCAUACAUACCUCGCUCAAUGCCAGAUGCAGCGUCAUUGCAGCAGCAAAUCCUAUCUUUGGUCAAUAUGACAGCAACAAAGAUCCUCACAAGAACAUCGCAUUGCCGGAUUCUCUACUUUCGCGUUUCGAUCUGCUCUUCAUCGUCACGGACGACAUCGAUGACAAGCGAGACCGAUUUAUUUCUGAGCAUGUUCUCCGGAUCCAUCAGUACCGACGACCUGGGACAGAAGAAGGAGCACCCAUUCGUGAAGACGCCACUCAAAUCCUCGGCAUCGGCAUUCAAGAAGAACAAAAUGCGAAAAAGACCUCGGAUACGUACGAGAGGUACAAUGCUGUACUCCAUUCAGGUUUUUCCAUAACGGACGAGGUACACCCACACCCACUCAGCAUGCCUUUCUUGAAGAAGUACGUCCAGUACGCCAAGAGCAGAUGCAAGCCCAACUUGACCAAAGAAGCCAGCGACUCUAUUGUCAAUGCCUAUGCCGAGCUUCGUAACGAUCAAAUCAAAGCCAACGAGCGCAGAACAAGCCCGCUGACUGCCAGAACACUCGAAACACUGAUUCGUUUGUCAACGGCGCAUGCCAAGCUCAGAUUGUCAAGCCGUGUUGAGAAACGAGAUGCCAUCGUGGCGGAAGAGCUUCUCAAGUUCGCUCUCUUUAGAGAGAUUCCAGAGAAAGAAGACGGACGAAGAAAGAGACGCAAGACACAAGAUGCCGACAGCUCUGAGGAAGGCAAUGACUCUGGGAGUGAUGGCGAUAGUGAUGAUGAUACGGCAUACCGUGGCACAAGGCCAAGCGCCGCCCGCGGCUCAAAGCCUCAGACGCGAAGCCAACGGUCACCUCGUACCAAUGGUGCGACGAACGGCAGAGCUUCUGGACGCACGAAUGGAGAUGUCGAGGAAGAAGAAGAAGAUGAUGAGGAAGAGCCAAGCCCCUCGCGAAGGCCAAGACAGACGGGUGCAGAGUCGCAAUUGUCUCGCAUGAGCAUUGCUAGUUCCAUCCCGAGCUCGCAAUUGCCGUCUACGCAAGGUGAUUCUCAGUCACAGUCGAGAAGAGGACAGUCUCAGCCCAGCAUCUCACCGUCACGGCUCGAGGCGUUCCGCCGUGCUCUUGGUCCUCUGAUGGUUACAUCCUUGUUCCAGAACGAUAUGGCCACUGUGCCGGACGUGACUGCAGCAAUCAACCACCGCAUGUCAGAGAAUAACUCGCAGGAGUUCUCGGAUGUAGAGAUCACGGCUGCAUUGAAGGAGAUGGGAGAUCAGAACUUGAUCAUGUUCUUGGAGGAUAGUGGGGAGGUGUACAAAUUGUAGGAUUUGAUUCUGGGACGGAUGAAUGUUAUGUCUGGUGUUACGGUGGAUAACGCGGCUGCUGGUAUCAUGUUUAGUGUCAAUGAGCAAUGAUGAACAACCCUUUCGGUCAAAAUCGAGCCUGUUAUCCAGACAAGGUAUGCUAGUUGAAAGUCGGUGUGCUCCAUGAUACUCCCCGGUGUCAUUUCUUGAACACCGUUGUUGCCUCAAGCGGAUUUCAGGAAUGGGACAUGGCAUGACGCUGGUGCAUUGAACGAUGGUCUCAUCGACGUUGUACUC